CCGCUACCGGCUGCCUCUGCAUCGCCAGAGCAUUUUCUUUUGGAAUUUCCGUUUUGUUUGCGUUCCAAUGUGGCUCCCACCCUUCUACCUAAUAACCGACUAUUCUACCUAUCAUACCGUACCGGUAACUAAGUAGGUGCGGUACCGUGCCGGUAACUAACUAUCAUACAUGUAUUGCGGAGCCGCGAAAGAAGUUAACGAUAACUAACUGCACUAAUAAUGCAAUAGAGAGCGCUUUCACAGAAGCAUUCAUCAUUGGAAGAAAGAAACAGUAGAUACCCAUCAGCAAACACCAAGAUGAUAAUGCAACGAAGGUAUAUCCCCUCCUAUCUGACCGCAUGGAUUAUCUUCCUGUCACUCUGUGCCAGAUCCAAAGGACCAUCAUCAUUCGUAGCAGCUUCAGAUUCGAUAGCAGACGAAUCACAGGAAUACCUAUUGCUACAUGAGCAGCAAGAUCUACUACUGCCGGUUGAAGAUGCUUACACACUGGAAUCUCCACAUUCGAACCUCAGGAGGUCGCAACAGCAAGAACAAGAACAAAAUCAGCGACAACGUCAACUAGAGCUAGAACUAGAAAUGGAACAAAUGGAUCUACGACUUCAACUAGAAAGAGACCUCAAGAAAGACAAUGGAAAAAACAAGGGAGGAAAGAACAACAAAAACGACAACAAUAACAACAACAAUAACAAUAACUUCAACACUGUCCAGAAUGAAGACUUUGAUGGAUCCGCUAAUGGAUUUGUGGGGUUCACCAGCUUUGCCAACAACAACAAAAACAAGAAUAACAACAACAAAAACAAUGGUGGAAACGGAAACCACUUUGCAGAUGGACUCAUGCUGUUCAAUGGGAUUUCCGAAACCAAAGGGUGCGUGCAGUGGAGCACCAUCACCAACAACCAAAAGAUCAAUCCCUCUUCCGCUGCAAAUUGCGUUAGCUCGGGAUUCACUGGAUCAGGAUGUUGCAGAUCAUACUGGUGGUUGAUUGAAGAUUCCGGUGGAACCUCCUAUCCCUCUUUGCCAUGUAUUUGCAAUCAGCUAACAAGAGAUCCUGCAGAGUUCUUGCCCACACGCCCACCUGUAGCACCAACCACACCCAUGCCCGUCACACUCCCACCCACCACAACGCAACCUACCCCACUGCCACCCACUACUUCGGCACCCACACCAACACCCGGACCCGUAUGGACUUCCGAGCCCGUCGUGGUCGAAUCCUACACCUUGCCACCCGACACGGAGCCACCCACAACACCCCAACCCACUCCAGCACCAACCACAGUACCGCCCACAACAUUAACCCCCACGCCCCUGCCAACUCCUGCUCCCACCACUCGAGCACCCACGGUGGCAUCCAGUGUUUGCUCUGUGGCACAAAACAACCGCUUCUGGUACGAGAACUUGUAUCCUCAGUACAAGGACUUUACCAGGUGUGUCACCACCAAUGAUUGUGCAAACGUCGCCAAUGCCUGUUGUUUGGCAGAAUUCUGUCUCUGUGGAUUCUACGCGCCUGGAAUGGCACAACAGGAAUGUGUCCCCAUGGCCAAUGGAAGAGAUUUUCCAUUUGGUUCAAGAACGAGCAUUUCCAGCAGUUCAGGGCAGCUGCUGCCGCUGAAUCGAAUUCCUUAGUCGUAGUCAUACAGGUACGAAGGGUUUCACCUCAUCAAUCAUUCGGGGUUCCAUUGAUAUCCACUCCACUUCCCUGAAACCAAUCUAUCAUCUAUCCAACUUAUCUGUACCAUCACCACCACCAAUCAAUGAAUCUAUAGAUUCCUCAACCACCACCCACAAGGAUUCCAGUUCACACACAGCACAGCACCGCACACCCACAAAAAAAACUCUGCUCUACCACCGACCACUACCUUUGAUACUUCCUUCCUGCGACAGACAUAGAGAAGGGUUAGAAGACGCCGUCCCUCCCUUCCAAAGAAAAGGCCAUGAGAUUAUGCAGCAAAAAAAGAAGAAACAAAACAAGGCAACAUACAUACACUUAUUAGUUACACGUAAAGGCAAAUAUAUUAUACAAUCGAAUUCAGAUCCACAGGCACCAUAAUAAUACAGUAGCAUUCUCCUCAUCCUUUGUUCAAGUACGAAACUUUCUCUAAUCAAUAGAUUCACUCACUCACACUAUCACAUAGUAUUCCCAUUAUUAUUAC